AUGAUGAACAGCAGCAACCGUCGCCCGGCUCAGGAUGUGGAUACGGCUACCUUCGUAUUGGACAGUGGCGACAAGUUGGUACUUGAGGUUGAUGGCGCUCAUCGGACAGAACAAGCGACAGCUGAGAAGACCAAACGGACUAGGACACCAGCGAGCACGGUGAAGGAAGAGAGGUUGACUAAACGUAGCGGCGCGGCUACUCGGACGACUCAGAAGUCGAAAGCGCGGCGAACACAACACUCGACGAAGCGGUGGUACCUCAAUGAUCUGCCGGAACUCGUCGAAGCAAGGCUAGUCAUACAUAGAGAGGAUCCCAACGUGCCUGCUAUACGUAAGAAUGACUUCAAGAUAUGGACAGGCCAGCCCCUCCAGACGCAAAUCAUUGAUGUCCUCAAACGAGGCCUUUACCGAGACAUCUCCAGUUGGUACUGUGAGUUCGAUAAGGAUGGGGUUCGAGGGAAGCACGUUGACGGUUCCCAGGCUCCCCUCAAUAUCCCUGGAUUCGAGCCCGGCAUCACCAUCGUCGUCAAGCCUGAUCGGAAGCGUUGA